AGAAAUAGUUUAUGAGAAAAAAAUAGAAAACAUUUAAAAUAUUUGACAUGACUGAGGAUGGGUGAGAUGAUUACUGCUUUUCUAAUAGGUCAGUGGCCUCUUCUAUCAAUGGAGAAUUUAAAGUCGGGAGAAUGUGAAGGGUGUAGAAGGAUGAAGUUAAUGCUGUGGCCUUUACAAGUGUAAAGAAGUGCCUCCUCUCACGUCAUCCUUGAAACAGACUCCAUCUCCACUGGAUAGACAGCAUGUCUCACAGAAGAUCUCUUGGCUACCAAAGCUGGCCUUUCCCUGCCUCUGCUGACACUUUGCUCCCUAUAGAUGGAAAAUUCUAGACCUGUGUGUCCAAAUACAGUAGCACCAGCCAUAUGCAGCUAUUUAAGUUUAAAGUAAGUUCCAGCGUUUGCUGCUCUUGUCUCACGGGUGUCGCCAGCGCUGUCGCAAUGGUGAAGCUGAGCAAAGAGGCCAAGCAAAGGCUGCAGCAGCUUUUCAAGGGAGGACAAUUUGCCAUCCGCUGGGGUUUUAUUCCUCUCGACCUGGGAUUUAAGAGGGGUACAGAUCCUGGAAUGCCUGAACCAACUGUUUUGAGCUUCCUUUGGGGAUAAAGGACUGUGGUCAUCUGGUUUUGGAAGCAGUCAAUGCAGAGGAACAAUAUGGAAGGUGUGCUCUCUGGCUGGGAUAAGAGAUGGGACAUCGUUCAGACGGUCACCAAUUGGAUGGCACAGGGCUCUUGUCAGGUGCAUCUGUGGCACAGUGGAACCUCUACUGACUUAUUUAUGAUAGACUAUAUUAAAAUAAAUGUUUUUAACAAUGUUAAAAAAAA